AUGGCGGAGCUCACCAUCGGCAUCAAUGGCUUUGGCCGCAUCGGGCGCCUGGUGCUGCGCGCCUGCCUGGAGAAGGGGCUGCGCGUGGUGGCCAUCAACGACCCCUUCAUCGACCUCAACUACAUGGUGUAUAUGUUCAAGUACGAUUCCACCCACGGGCGCUUCGGGGGCGAGGUGAAGGCGGAGGAUGGGAAGCUGGUGGUGGACGGCGCCGAGAUCAGCGUCUUCCAGUGCAUGAAGCCCAGCGAGAUCCCCUGGGGUGACGCGGGCGCCCUCUACGUGGUGGAGUCCACCGGGGUCUUCCUCACCGUCGACAAGGCCUCGGCCCACCUGCAGGGCGGCGCGCGGCGCGUGGUGAUCAGCGCCCCGUCCCCCGACGCCCCCAUGUUUGUCAUGGGGGUCAACGAGGACGCCUACGACCCCGCCACCAUGCCGGUGGUCAGCAACGCCUCGUGCACCACCAACUGCCUGGCGCCGCUGGCCAAGGUCGUCCACGACAACUUCGGCAUCGUCGAGGGGCUGAUGACCACGGUGCACGCCUACACGGCCACCCAGAAGACGGUGGACGGGCCCUCGGGCAAAGCGUGGCGCGACGGCCGCGGCGCCCACCAGAACAUCAUCCCCGCUGCCACCGGCGCCGCCAAGGCCGUGGGCAAGGUCAUCCCCGAGCUCAACGGGCGGCUGACGGGGAUGGCGUUCCGCGUGCCGGUGGCUGAUGUCUCGGUGGUGGACCUGACGUGCCGCCUGGCGACCCCCGCCUCCUACGGGGACAUCAAGGACGCCGUCAAGCGCGCGGCCGCCGGGCCGCUGGCCGGGAUCCUGGGCUACACCGAGGACCAGGUGGUGUCGUCGGACUUCGUGGGUGACAGCCACUCGUCCAUCUUCGAUGCUGCCGCCGGCAUCGCCCUGAGUGACAACUUCGUCAAGCUGGUGGCGUGGUACGACAACGAGUACGGGUACAGCAACCGCGUGGCCGACCUGCUGAGCCACAUCUACUCCCGGGAGAUCUGAGCGUCACCGUGUCC